AUGGGGAAUAUGUGUGAAACAGAUAGUUCACCAACACGAAUUAGUUCAUUAGAUAAAUUUGAAGUUGGUCCUGUAUUUGAUGAAUCUCCCACUAUUUAAAGUGCAUCACCUAAAAGAAGAAAAGUAAAUCGAGAUGAUUUUAUAAAUUUGGGAUUAAUUGGGAAAGUAUAAAUUAUUAAUAGAUAAAGGGAGCAUUUGGUUCAGUCUAUAAGAUAAUGAAAAAAGAUAAUGGAUAAAUAUAUGCAAUGAAAGAAUUAAAAAAAUAAACUUUAUCAGAACAUAAUUUAGAAACAGUGAAUUUUUUAGAAAGAUUUGUAUUAAAAAGUAGUAAAUGCCCAUUUAUUGUUAAAUUAAGAUAUGCCUUUUAAACAUCCUCAAGAUGUUACUUUGUUAUGGAGUAAAUUACAUUUAAUUAUAAAAUAGUUAUGUAUCAGGAGGUGAUUUACAUAGAGUUUUAAAAAAGAAUGGUGCAUUACCAGAAAAAAUAGUGAAAUUUCUUAUUGCUGAGAUUAUAUUGGCUUUAGAAUAUUUACAUUUAGAACUAAAAAUUAUAUAUAGAGAUUUAAAACCAGAAAAUAUUUUACUUACAGAAACUGGACAUAUUAAGCUUACAGAUUUUGGAUUAGCCACAUAUAUCAAAAAUGAACACACAUAUACUGUAUUUAAUUAUAUAAAUAACAGAUUGCAGGAACUCCUGAAUAUUUGGCUCCUGAAAUUAUUGCUAGAUCUGGCCAUUCUUAUGAAGUUGAUUUUUGGACUUUAGGAAUUCUUAUUUAUGAAAUGCUUACAGGAUAAGCACCAUUUACAUGUGAAGAUCGUAAUGUUUGCACAAUACAAAAUGUAAAUAUAUGUAUCUUAUUAUAAAGCUCAUUAUGUAAAAUAAACCUAUUUAUUCUCCUAAGAUUUCAAGUAAUGCUCGAAACUUAAUAUCUAAUCUUUUGAGAUUUAAUCCUAAAGAGAGAUUAGGAGCCAAGUCCUUUGAUGAUCUCAAACGUCACAAUUUUUUUUAGAAUAUAGAUUUUAUGGCUCUCUCUUAAUGUUAAUUAUUAUCUCCUCUUGAAACUGUAGCUUAAAAAAAUAAAUUAGAAUAAGAAUAAUCUUUAAGUCCAAUUAAAAAUGAGGAUAGACAUCAAAAUAGUCCACUUAAUUGUCAACCUAUUAAUGAUUUUACUUAUGAUCCUCAUCUUGACAAUGAAAUUAACUUCUAAAAAGGGUGA